AUGGCCUUCUUCAACUUAUAUCUACUGGGAUAUCAAAAUUCCAUUCGGAACAAGAAGAUGGACAUAACUGAAGAAACAAACCAGAAGGAAUCAGUGCCCACGAGGCUUCCCCCUAUUAUCUCAGAAGAUGGGAAUUAUUCUGUGCACCAGAAUAGCCACACAAGGUACCACGAAGCUGUACGGAAGGUGUCGUUAAAGACAUUCCCCAACCAGGUCUUCAGAGUCCCUCUGACUGAUGCUCAGAACUUCAGCUUCUGGUGGUCCCACAGUCCAGGAGUGCACCCAGAGGAAGCCAUGCCGUGGAUCCGGAGCCCCCGCCACUGCCUCAUUAAAAGCCCAAUGACCAGGUUUAUGGAUCACUCCAUUCUCAACGACAGAAACUUCAGUCCGUAUUGAGCAGGAUGUUUGCAGGAGGACAAGAUAGACUGUGGAUAGAGGGCAAAGAAGGGGAAAGAGGGAGGUGCCCUGGUUUGGACAGCUGACUACUGGGAGGAGGGGAUGGAGAAAGCAGAAUAAACAGAGUG